AUGUCUUCUAACAGCUCAUCAAACGUCGUGGGUGUGCAUUACCGGGUUGGGAAGAAGAUUGGCGAAGGGUCUUUUGGCGUCAUCUUCGAAGGAACAAAUCUUCUAAACAACCAGCAGGUUGCAAUCAAGUUUGAACCCCGGAAGAGCGAUGCUCCACAACUUCGAGAUGAAUACCGGACAUAUAAGAUACUUGUCGGGUGCCCCGGUAUUCCCAAUGUCUACUACUUCGGCCAAGAAGGCCUACACAACAUCCUUGUCAUUGACUUGCUCGGACCCAGUUUGGAGGACCUGUUCGAUCACUGUAACCGAAGAUUCUCCAUAAAGACGGUCGUCAUGGUUGCAAAGCAGAUGCUUUCGCGAGUACAAACUAUCCAUGAGAAGAACCUCAUCUAUCGGGAUAUUAAACCAGACAACUUCUUGAUUGGUCGACCCAACUCAAAAGCCGGCAAUGUUAUACACGUCGUUGAUUUUGGAAUGGCUAAACAGUACCGAGACCCCAAGACCAAACAGCACAUCCCAUACCGAGAGAGAAAGUCGCUAUCGGGCACUGCUCGAUACAUGAGUAUCAAUACCCAUCUCGGGAGAGAACAGUCGCGUCGUGACGACCUCGAAGCUCUCGGCCACGUAUUCAUGUAUUUCCUACGUGGUGGUCUGCCAUGGCAAGGCCUCAAGGCUGCCACUAACAAGCAGAAGUACGAAAAGAUCGGAGAGAAGAAACAAACCACUGUCAUCAAGGAUCUAUGUGAAGGAUUCCCUGAGGAGUUUACCAAAUAUCUUACCUAUGUCCGAAACCUCGGAUUCGAGGACACACCCGACUAUGAUUACCUACGUGACCUCUUCACCCAAGCUCUCAAGAGCACAGGUGACGUAGAAGAUGGAGAAUAUGACUGGAUGAAGCUAAACGGAGGAAAGGGUUGGGAGGCUGCAAAGCCAUACUCUUCCCACCACCACUUGCACGGCGCCAAUGCUCUGCCUAAUACCUCCGCCCGUGACCUUCAUGGUUCUGCAGCCCCCCGAGCAUCCCAUCGGCCUGGUGUCACCGCUGACCGUUUAAACGCCGCGCAGCCCCCGCCCCCUUCUCUGCAAGCCGGAGUUGGGAAAGCGCGAGAGCGGCCAACGCCUCAGCGUGCCGCAACUCAACACGGCAACCAGCCGGGUCUUCCUCUCUCGUUUCUGUAUUCUUCAUAUACCCAGGCCUACCCCGCGACUCAACUCACAGGAACAAUCGAAGCCAGGCAAGGCUCCUUUCUCCCGUUUACAGAUGAUUCCCUCUGCCUUCAGUUUAGGAUGGGACUUUUCACCUUUCAGCCCCUUGAACUCGGCUAA